AUGGUUCAAGAAGAGGGGUCCUUCAAUCUUGAUAAGCUUGUAACUUUUGAAGCCAGUUGGGACCCCUUUGAUGAAAGCGACAAGUAUAGAGGCGCACUAAACGUGGCAAAUUAUGUGAGGAGUAUUGCAGAGCCCACCUUGACUAGUCAUUUCGGAGGCACUAUAAUUGGAAAUUUAUUUGGAAGGAAUAUGGAAGAUCCCUCUAGCGGAGAUUGUUGUGACCUUUGGGAGCUGCUAGCCAAAUCUCUCCUCGACAUGUUGGCGGAGGCUGAUUUGAAUUCGUUCAAUCUUCCUAUAUAUCAUCCCUCUGAGGGUGAAGUAAGGACCAUGGUUCAAGAAGAGGGGUCCUUCAAUCUUGAUAAGCUUGAAACUUUCGAAGCCAGUUGGGAUCCCUUUGAUGAAAGCUACAAGUAUAGAGGAGCACAAAACGUGGCAAAUUGUAUAAGGAUUGUUACAAAUACAGAGCCCACGUUGGCUACUCAUUUUGGAGGCACUAUAAUUUGA